AGUCACUCGUUUCAUUGGUGAAAAGAAAACGAACCAGGCACUAUUCGGAAGUGUGAUUGGCUGUUGCUAGGAACCGUCUCAAGGCCUUAUGGGCCCUGGUUACGGAAGCCGAGGAAGGCUGAGAGCGGGCUCUCCAGGAAAGUAGUCGCGGAAUCUCAGUUAGCGGUGGAGAGGCGGUAUGUCCGGUUCAAUGGCGACUGCGGAAGCUAGCGGUAGCGAUGGGAAAGGGCAGGAAGUCGAGACCUCGGUCACCUAUUACCGAUUGGAGGAGGUGGCAAAGCGCAACUCCUUGAAGGAACUGUGGCUUGUGAUCCAUGGGCGAGUCUACGAUGUCACCCGCUUCCUCAACGAGCACCCUGGAGGAGAAGAGGUUCUGCUGGAACAAGCUGGUGUAGAUGCAAGUGAAAGCUUUGAAGAUGUAGGGCACUCCUCUGAUGCCAGAGAAAUGCUAAAGCAGUACUAUAUUGGUGAUAUCCAUCCGAGUGACCUUAAACCUGAAAAUGGUAGCAAGGACCCUUCAAAACAUGAUACAUGCAAAAGUUGCUGGUCAUACUGGAUUUUACCCAUCAUAGGCGCUGUUCUCUUAGGUUUCCUGUACCGCUACUACACAUCGGAAAGCAAAUCCUCCUGAGGAGGCCUUGCUGAAGUUGGAAAGUGCAUCCAUUUUGGGGUGAAAACUAGAGACUUGCUUGGGGGCUGCAGAAGUGCCCUCUCCUCAAAUCCUGCCAGUUGCAUUCUUCCCCCUUGGAGCCGAGACGAUUGGCCAGACAUCCACCUCAGAUCUAGGACCAGCGUCCUCCAUCUCUCAGAGCCUUACUCCCAAAGUACCUGCUCACUGUUCUGUGUCAAAUGAUUGCCGGUGUUUCCUCUCUUCACUGGUUUCCAUGAGUACCCUUAUAUUUCAAAACUUCGUGUUCAUAAGUUAUAGUGACAUUGCUCUUUCGUAAAAAUGCCUGCUUUCCAAUACUUUGAUUGCACAUUAGAUAUUCUUAACAGGGCGGCAGUCUAGUGUUGAAACUUUUAUUUUUUCAUUUUUCUUUUAAGUAAAUUUUUUAAAAAAAUUUCUUAUUUAGGGCUGGGUGCGGUGGCUCAGGCCUGUAAUCCUAGCACUUUGGGAGGCCAAAGUGGGAAGAUUGCUUGAGGCCAAGAGUUUGAGACCAGCCUGGGCAACAUCGCGAGACUCUUAUCUGUUUUUUUUAAAAAAAAAAUCUGAUUUAAUUCUGUUAUUUAUCAUAAGGGGUUUAAUUCCUGAAGUAAAGGUAUGCACCUAUUAAACUUAAAACUGCCAAAUGAGUUUUGUUCCUUUUAUGUGCAUGAUAAAGCUACAAGGAAUGGUGUGGCCACCUCCUCCUCCCUUUCAAGCUAGGGCAGCGGGUAGCUCUUCCCACCCCCUGAGCCCAGCCCCUUCCCAAGUGGUGCCGGACAAAAAAACUACAUGGCCCUUUUAUAUCUUGGGGCUGGAAAGGGAGGGAUGAAUUGGGGUGAUAGAACCCUGGUGAAUUCAGAGUUAUCUUUCUUUAGAAAAAUACUGAAAAACACUACUUCAGGAUAGGAGUUUAGAAAAAGCACCAAAGCUUUCACUUUGGUUUGGCACCAGUUUCUAACCAUCUGUUUUUUCUACCCUAGCUAUCUUUUAUUGGUAAAAUAUAAAUGUAUAAUUAUGUCUGUAGAGCUUUACCAAGGAUUUUCCCUCCUAUUUUGUUUGUUGAUUAGCAAAUUUUUGAUUCUCCAUUUUCCAAAAGUAAGAGACUCCAGCAUGGCCUUCUGUUUGCCCCGAGUAAAGUAACUUCCAUAGAAAAUGGUAUUUGAAAGUGAGAGUUCAUGACAAGAGCCCGUUUUCCAUUUCUUCUGUAUUUUACCUCCAUGACUCCAACUUGUGGGUUUGUUCUGUUUUUCCAUGAGAAUAAAAUACUGGCAGUUUUUUUCUC